AUGGAAGCUCGCGAUUUAUCAUCAAAAUAUGGACAAAAACAACGUGGUGUAGUUGCACUUGAACCAAUAAAAGCUGGUGAAGCUGUUUUUACAUGUGAUUUAUCCGUAUGUAAUUAUUAUAAACUUGAAGAUCCAAGAAAUAAAAUGCCAAAAGCUGAUGUUCUUGCUUUAAUUGAAGCUAAUCCUGAAUCAGCUGAUUUUAUUCGUUAUUAUAGUUAUAUGCUCGAUGAUGAUAUAUUUGAUGUUCCACGUAACUAUAAAACACAAGAAAUAACUGAAGAUUGUUUACUUUUUAAUCAUUCAUGUGAUGCAAAUUGUGGAUUUGGUGGUGAAGAAGAAGAACUUGUUUUAGCUAUUCGUGAUAUUGAUGUUGGUGAAGAACUUACAUAUGAUUAUGGUUUAAUGGAUACUGAAAAUAGUUUAUGGAAUGGUUUAAUGUGUAGAUGUGGAGCAAAAAACUGUAGAGGAGAACUUAAAUUUAAUUGGUGGAGAGAUCCAAAAUGGCAAGAACAAUAUGAAAAAUAUGGUGGUGCUCAUGUUAAACGAAAAAUUAAAAAGUUACGUGAAGAACAACAACAAAAUCAAGAAUCAUCUUGA